UACGAAACCGAAUGUAUCCGAUAUGCUAAACGGAAUCACUGCAAGGUCGUGUGAAUAAAGAAAAGACACGAACAAAGUUUUUAUAUAUGUUUGACUAUUUUAAGUCAAAAAUUUCUAUCUUUCCUGUGUGCAUAUUUAUAUUUUGAAAUAGUUUUUCUUUGUGCCAGUGACCAUGUUGUGAAACUUUCCCGGGGAAAAUCGGAUUUACAAAAGAAGUGUGUUUUCAUCCAAUCAAAAUCACGGAACCUUUCGGCCUCGAAAAUUUAAAUUUUUUACCUAUGUAGUCAACAUGGCGGAUUGUUUAUAACGGACAGAUAAUAAGAUCUGCUUAAUAAUAGCCUUUCCCUCUUUUAGCAGUUCUUUCAGGUUCGGUUGGGUCAUGAAAAGAAUUGUGAAAUUAGAACGUAAAAAAUCGAAAUGCCUGCACUUUAUAACGACAUGAACAAAGAAAACAUUGUCAAAGGACUUCGAAAAGCAAAACCUGCACCCGACUUCUCGAAAAUUCACAAACAAUGGAAUAAUAAACUACAAAAGGGAAAAGCCAUUUCGAAGAAACCUCUUACUGAUGCAAACCCAUUUCAAUUUUCUCAUCCUAAUAUUCCAAAAAGUGGAAAAGAUGAUUUUUUUAUUGACGCUGAUGCCAAAAAAAGCAUUUUAAACUGUGAAGGAAUAUCAAAGGAUAAUCCAAAACAUCGGGUAACUAUAGCAGACACGCGCAGAAAUUCAUUGAAGACGCAGAUUCCUAGAGCAUCGUUUUUAACAAAAGAAAGAUCAUCUUUGUAUUCGAAACCUCUGAACAAGUCAGUUUUAUCAAAGCCAAGCAUCCAGCCAUCGCCACUCGCAAGGAAAGUUAAUGUUCCCAAACCAACUUCAAUAGCUAAAUCUCCAGCAAGGGUAAAGCAACAAUCUCAAGGUUUUGAAUUUAAAGAUUUUACGGUGGAUGAUGAUGCGUUGGAGAGCAUCUUAAAUUGUAAAGGUAUACCUCUUGCUGCGGAAACACUAAAAUUAAGCAGUCAAUAUGGUCCUUGUAAGUCCAACCGAGUAAAAGGAAGGAUCGUUCCGUACCAAGGUAGUGUCGCUAGGUUGUCACAGAAUGGAAGAAGAACGCAAUUUGAUUCAACUUCGAAUUCACUGGCGGCAAAGAAGCAACGCUGGUCCAUUUAUUCGCGCGACAGUUUCUCUGCUAAACCAGAUUUAAUGACGUGGCUGAAAGAGCUUAACGGACAACCGGCACCGAAAAGAAAUUCUCUUUAUACGAAACCAAACGCUGGAAACACAACCUUGCGUACGAAUUCAACAAGUGAUUUUACCAUACCGACGGUUACUCAGCCUAGAAAUUCCUUCUAUAGUCAGGCAAAAAAUAACACAGCUAGAAAAAAUCUUCCAGAUAUUGAACAAAGUGGUCCAUCGGAGGGAAAUAAUUUUAGUCUUAAAUUUGACAAAACGUUAGUCGGUUAUCAAGGAGAUAGUUCUGAUAUAAAAUUUGCAUCAAGCAACUCAGAUGUGGAUGAUCAUCAACUUUUCACUACGCCAAUGAAAAAUAGACUUACUGUUCAAACUAAUGAAUCCACUGUCAAAUCGAUUCUCAAGAAAAAAGUGGACGUAAAAUCAGUACAAAAGGAAGUCGACAAAACGUGUUUAUCGUUACAAACUAAGGCAGGCGCUAAUACGCCCUUAAGAACGCCCCUGCGAUUUUCAGCUUAUGCUAGAAAUCAAAGAUUGUUAGGAUUACCUCUACCAAAAGAAAAUCGUUAUGAAACUUUGGGUGAACAUAUCACAGCUCCGCAACCUUUGACUACCGAUGAAGUGUUGACACCUUCGAAACUCCUCUCUUAUCAGUCUCCUACCGGUGGAGUUACAGCCGAAGAAAUGUUGUCUACUGUCAAACGUGUGCGAUGGGCAGACACUUUAAAAGAACAAGUAGAAGAAAUUGAAUCCACGUGUACCAUAACACUACCUCCAGCCGAAAAACCAACGACAUCAAUGACUGACGAGGUACCUGUGACGACAAGUCAAUGUACUGACGUGACGGCUACUUCAAAUGACGUUUCUAAUUCACACGAUAUGAAGAAAAAUACUCAUACUGUCUCGCCAAAGCCCAUAGAAAAUCUAAGUUGGGGGUCAAUUUUAAGUGCCGACAAAGACAAGCCAUCAGCUUUGCGCAAUUUGAGUGGCCAGUUUAAUAAUACCGUCUCUGCCGUCGAAACUUCGUUAAUUGAGAUUGUCGACGUCACUAAACAGACGUUAAAACCGCCCAACCCAACCAGUAAGACUUUGAAAACUUCUCGUAAAAACAAAAACCGAAACAGCAUUUUGGAACGUAUUUAUGGUGACGGCAUAGCAUUCGCUCCGGACGAUACUUUGGACGAAACUAAAAUGAACACCAUCACCAACUCUGCUAUAAAAUCUCGACCCACUCCGGCCUUGGAUAAAAAAUUAGUCGACGAGUUAACGAGCUCUAAAAAUGACAGUGAGGAGGAGGGCGAAGAUUACUUUGAUUUUUAUUCUAGCAACACUAGUUUACAACCAUUUCAAAGCACUAUGCUGGCCACGCCCUCCACCGUCGAAGUGGAAUAUAAAGAGCCUCUUUUGAUGGACUUUACUCCUUUAAAUGAGAGUUCUGUUUCCAUUCCAAAUGCACCGUGUAGAAGCGCAAAAGCCAAAGCAAGAACCCCGUAUAAACAAGCAAUGCUGGAUUAUUUGGAUAAAAUGCUUGGAUUGCCCAAAACUAACGAUAUGCAUGACUGUACAAUUGUGGCUCAAGAGACAGUAGAUUCUGGCGUGAGCGAAAAAGUUGAUAAUGAUUCUCAAAAUGAUCAUCUAUCGUCUGUUCAACACAAGCAUUCUUCAUAUGAACAUGCGUUUGCUGCAAUCGAGUCGCUUGCGCCUAUUAAUUCAGCACAAACGCUUGUUACCUCACAACAAGCGCCCGUUACGUCACCACAAGCGUUCGUUACAUCACCACAAGCGUUCGUUACAUCACCACAAGCGUUCGUUACAUCACCACAAGCGUUCGUUACAUCACCACAAGCGGUCGUUACAUCACCACAAGCGGUCGUUACGUCACCACAAGCGUUCGUUACAUCACCACAAGCGUUCGUUACAUCACCACAAGCGGUCGUUACAUCACCACAAGCGGUCGUUACAUCACCACAAGCGGUCGUUACAUCACCACAAGCGGUCGUUAUAUCACCACAAGCGGUCGUUACAUCACCACAAGCGCCCGUUACAUCACCACAAGCGCCCGUUACGUCACAGUUCGACACUGUGGCUGACAACCGUCAUCAAACAAAUGAAGUAAAAUUAACGCAGAAUGUAUCACAAGAAGUUAGCCGCUCUUCGACGAUUUCUCAUUCUCCGCCUAGCCAUGCGAUAUCAUUUUAUUCUCCAUCAAGCCGUACGACGAGUUGUGAUUCCCCAGCGAAUCGUAUUUCAACCGCAUGGGAUUUUCCAGCAAGACAAACGGAUGCAGUAUGUUGUACGACAACGUGCCAGUCUCCCGCAGAAAUGUCGCUUGUGACGUCACCUUCCGGUCUUGUUAAUAUUCUUUCGCCGAGUAUGAGAAAAUUUCCGGAUUAUCCUUUCUCUAAUCCAACUUUCACGGGAGAUUUCAGCAAAAUGUUUCUCGACGCAGAUAAGAAAUCUCGCCGCCGAAGCGAUUUUACGAGCGUUGAUGGUGUUAGCGUUUUAAAGCCAGCCAGUUUUCAGUUAAACUCAUUACAUUUGAAUGAAGAAAAAAAGAAAACGAAUGAUACUACAUCGCAUAAAAAAUCUGAAAUUUUGUCAACACAAUCUUCUGCAAGAUCUAUUGGUGAUAUGUUGAAACCUAGUAUUUUAAGUGCAAGUUUGAACAAUUCGUCUGCAACUUUAACCCGAGGAAAUAAUAGAGAAUCAAUUUCUUGUGUGACGUCAGCUAGUUCCCACCCCCUAUUUGGUGCUAAAGCGUUCUUUGCGAAUGAUUUUCAAGUUGGUACUGACGUCACUUAUAACGACAGCAGUAUUUACGAAGAUGUUACUGAUAUGUGCGUUGUGUUUUCAAAACCUUUCAAUGAACACAAGCCGGGAGAUACUUCUCAAAAAAUUGAAAACAUGAAGCAGGAACAGAAAAAAACUGAUAUUUUGAGUCAUUUGCCGAACAUUGAAACUGCAGACACAGUUGAAUUAAUGGAAAAAUCAUCAAAGCGUUUAAAUAGUUCAAAUCAAAAUUUAUCUGAUAGUUCCGUUUUUAUCGGACCCUUGCCCGUUGAUAAUCGGACAGUAUGUCGUAGUACUCCUCUCAAAAACAAUGUCAAAAUCGGAUUAAAUAGCGCUUUUCGAAGAGUGCCUCCGACGUGUAAUAUAUUCCCUCGUGUGCAUACGUCUUUACCAAGAAUGGAAACAUCCACUGAAAUGUUGACAUUACGUCAUCUCGCGGCGGCUAUUGAAAAGUACCAACGACAACGUUCGUCCAUGUUGGACGCUGAAAUUUCUCUGUAUAGUAAAUUCGGUGAGAUUUCUGAAAGAUUUGGUAAAAGGAAAACAACACUGCGUGACGGCGCGACGUGUGCGUUGGCGACACUACUGACGCACGGCGAUGACAUGCACUUCGUGCCUGUGGACGCGUCAUAACCGUGGCCAAACAUGCGUAACUUAUUGGAAGCGUGACGUUUGGAUGAGGCGAUAAUUGGGAGAGGGUAAAAGCCAUCGCGGUAAUAUGUAUGUAUAGUAAUUUAUAAACAUCAUGUAAUUUUCAUAUGUAUAAAAGUAUUUGUGAUUUCAUGUUACAGUCAAACGAAUUUUCAGUCCACGGGUCUUAUCUGCUGAAAUUGUGAAAGAAUAAACAACCAGCUGAUCGGGGGUGAGGCUAAUGUUUAUAAAAUAUCUCUUGGUUGUUAUAAAUUAAGUAAAUUAAAAAAAAAAGCAAGUAAUUAACAGGCCCAUAAUCAAUGCCAUCAAAAAUUAAUGCGAAUUUAGAAUUUGGAUUUCAAAGUGUGUAGUAAUUAGCGCAAAUCAACGAAUUUCAAACUUUCUGAAGGUAUUUAAUUAACGCGAAUUCUCAACAAGGUACACACCUUUUUACAGGUUUGUUCUCUUUCUCUUUCUAUUAUUGGUCAAAACUAUUUUGAAGACGUUUAAAAAUUAUACGGGUUUUUUUUAUCGUCACACAUUAACGGAGAGAAAUUUACACGAUAAAUAAAUUAACGGAAUCUUAAUUAACGCGAAAAUUUGUGUUAUUUACUUUCUUCGUUGUUUUCGUGCAAUAAGGUAUUUUUUUCAGCUUUGUUUUUGGUGGCCGCCCUGACUCAGCAACACUUUGUAAAUUAAAACCAUUGUUAAGGUAAACCUAUACCCCAAUAUGAAUUUAAAGGCAAAAUGCCAACCAGUGCUUUAAAAAAUUAUUCGGAAAAAGUGUGUAAAUAAUAAUAAUAAUAAUAGUAAUAAUAAUAAUGAGCUUUUAGGCAGCUGGUAGAUUCUUUCCACUGGAGUCACUGAAUGUGUUAAUGCUGUUUAUUACAACUGUCAAAGGAUAUUUUGAGAUCAUAUUUAUUUUUCUUAAAAGUAUCUUUUCUUUUCAUGUAAUAAUUUGAUGUAUAUAAUGAAAAUGUGUAGCGAAUUCUUCUUCUCUUUCUUUCUUUUUUUUUUGUAUGUAUCGUAAAUGUUGUUUUAAUAAAUCAAAUAUGGA